AUGGCUGAAUCCAAGAAAGAUCUCGAGGACGAGAUACCUGUACAUGUUGAGCAGACCGUCGGAGCUCAGCAGAAUCACGACGAUGUGUUCGGCGAGCUCUCUGAUGAUGGCCCCAACUUUCGCAAUGUCGGCUUCGUGGGAACCAUCGUUCUUAUGAUGAAAUCUCAGAUCGGUCUCGGAGUUCUCGCGAUCCCAUCUGCUUUCGAUACCCUUGGCAUGGUACCAGGUAUCAUCUGUCUUUUGGUGAUGGCCGUCAUCACAACAUGGUCUGGUGCAUCAGCCAUUCUCAGUCUAUCCAUCGGCAUGAACGCAGUGUCUAACCAUGCAACUUGCACCGCUGUGUUUGCUGCCGUCGCAGCGAUUGUCGGGUUUGGUUUCAGUAGUAUUCGAACUCUAGGUCGUAUCACAUGGCUUGCAUGGGUUGGUCUACCGUGUAUUCUUACUGCAGUUACUAUUGUGACGAUUGCGGUUGGGAUACAGGAACGUCCUGCUGCAGCACCAACAACAGAUGGCCCCUGGGUGUCCGAUUGGAAGAUUGUUGGCAACCCUUCUUUUGCAGAAGCAAUUGCGGCAGUCUCCAAUCUCCUGUUCGCUUUCUCUGGCACACCCGGGUUUUUUUCUAUCGUUUCUGAGAUGAGAAAUCCCGAACGAUACCCCGCAGCUAUGGCUUCCUGUCAAGCAGUUGUCACCGUCGUAUAUGCCAUCAUUGGUGGUGUGAUAUACUAUUAUUGUGGUAGUUAUGUAUCUUCACCCGCACUCGGUUCAGCAGGCGGCGUUAUCAAAAUCAUCAGCUAUGGAUUUGCAUUGCCUGGGCUUCUCGGUACUAUGACAAUUGUUACACAUAUACCUGCGAAGUUCAUUUUCGUCCAUUUAUUGCGCGGUUCUAAGCACCUAAGCAGCAAUACGCCAACACAUUGGAUAAGUUGGCUCGGGUGCACAUUUGGCGUGACGGUAAUAGCCUGGAUUAUUGCCAGUACUAUUCCAGUCUUUAAAGCUCUGGUAUCUCUUAUCGGUGCAUUGCUUGGCCCAGUCAUGUGUAUCCAGCCGAUGGGGGCUAUGUGGCUAUACGAUAAUUGGGAGAAGGGCAAGGGCCAAAAGAAGACUAACGGUUGGAUCAUCGGCACCAUUUGGAGUGUUGUUCUGAUCGUGUUGGGAACUUUCCUCAUGGUUGCUGGAACAUACGGCUCAGUUUUGAGUAUAGUAAGCGCCUAUACUGAAAGUGGAGGCUCGGCGGCUUUUUCGUGCGCCGAUAACUCCAAUUCUACGUGA